AUGUUGGCUAAACCCGCUGAUUUUUGUGGGAUUGUUCCACCAUCUAUGGUGUACCGAGGUCGCCAGGCUCUCGCUCUGGAGAAAGAAGGAUCAGGCAUGCUCGAUUUCAACGUGCCCGAUCCUUUGUUGCUGCAGGAGGUCAGCCGCUUCUGGAGUUGUCUGCGUGCACUUGUCUCUCUCCCCAUGGACCCUCUGCUCUCGGGAAUAGCUUUUCAGCCGGCAGCUGUCUUCAGUAGAGCUCCUGAGAUUAUUUUGGGGUUACCGUUCUGUGAAGCCAUAGACAUGUGGUCGCUGGGCUGCGUGAUUGCGGAGCUGUUCCUAGGAUGGCCGCUGUACCCAGGAGCGCUGGAGUAUGACCAGAUCCGAUUCAUUUCCCAAACUCAAGGGUUUCCUGGAGAACAUCUGUUAAACGUGGGUACAAAGACAUCCAGAUUCUUCUGCCGCGACCCUGAAUCCCAAUACCCCAGUUGGAGGUUAAAAACCUUGGAGGAGCACGAAGCUGAAACAGGAAUGAAGUCUAAGGAAGCCAGGAAGUAUAUUUUCAACAGUUUGGAUGAUAUAGUGCAUGUGAACAUGGUGAUGGAUCUGGAUGGUAGUGACCUAGUGGCGGAGAAAGCAGAUAGGAGAGAAUUUGUGGGCCUGUUGAGGAAGAUGUUGAUGAUCGAUGCCGAUGCGAGGAUCAGUCCGGCUGACACCCUGAGCCACUCCUUUGUUACCAUGAAGCACCUCCUCGAUUUUCCCCACAGCAAUCAGUAA